AUGGCAGAAGGCUUCUUUGAGUAUCCGCCCCGCACGGCGUUCCCCAACCUCGUCCUCCACGAAACUACAGUCCGUGAAGACAUAAACCCCACCGCAAUCGCAGAGAAAUGGCUAUCCGGCCUUGCCAAACACGUUACCGCCAAAGAUGCAGCCGCUUUUCGAGACCUCUUCUUUGCAGAAUCUUGGUGGCGCGAUUCUGUCGGCUUCUCCUGGACCAUCACCUCGAAGAAAGGCCCCGACGCCAUUAGCAACCAUGUUUUCGGCUCAGACGCACGGCUGGAGCACGCCAGUGUUGUUUCCAACGUGCCAGCACUGGUGCCACAGUUGGUUGAUAUGGGCCCUAUGACAAUGGUGCAGUUUGGCUACGUCUUCAAGACGCAGUAUGGACAGGGUCGUGGCAUCGUUCGUCUGGGCAACGAUGACGGGCCGGAGAGCUGGAAGGCAUGGACUGUCUCGUCUCAGCUAGAGGGUCUCCGCGAUGCGUCUGCCACCGAAGAAAUCAACGUGUUCAAUCAAGAUGAUAGAGUCAACGGCGCCAAGGUGUCCAACGACUAUCAGGUACUGAUCGUCGGCGCAGGCCAAUCCGGAGCGAUGCUCGGCGCCUGGCUCAAGAAGCUCAACAUCCGGUACCUCAUCAUCGACAAGGCCCUGCGCCCCGGCGACGCCUGGCGCGCGCGGUACGCCUCGAUCCAGUCGCACACCCCCAGCUACGGCGACCACUUUUCCUUUCUCGAUUUUCCCGACACGUUUCCAAAGUGGCCGAGGCGCGACGACAUUGCCGACUGGAUCGACCAAUACAGCGCCACCAUGGACCUCAACAUCCUCCCCGGCGCCACCGUCACCAGCAUCCGCCGCCGCGAAGAAGCUGCUGCUGCCAGCCAGUACACCAUCAACAUGACCCUCAACCACAACUCGGAGCAAAAGACGUACACUGCCACGCACGUCGUCCUCGCGACGGGCAUCUUUCCACCUAUCCCCAUCAUACCCUCCUUCCCCGGCCUCGACGCCUUCCCCGGGCAGACCUACCACGCCGCGUCGCACACCUCCGCCGGGGCCAUUCCCGACCUCGACACCAAGAACGUCGUCGUCAUCGGCGCCGGCACCAGCGCGCACGACAUCGCGCAGGACUUUGCCGCCCACGGCGCCAAGAGCACGACCAUGGUGCAGCGCAGCCGCAUCUGGACCGCGUCGACCUCCACCGUCGAGCAGUUCGUCUUUGCGCCGUGGAACACGCCCGGCGUCGACACCGCGUCCGCCGACCUCCUCGGCACGUCCUUUCCCGCCGCCGUCGCGCUGACCCUCGGCGCGGGCAUGGCGCCGCUCAUGGCCGCCCACGACAAGCCGCUCCUCGACGGUCUCGAGGCCGCCGGCAUGAGGCUCGCCCGCGGCGACGACGGCACCAGCCUGCUCGACUACCAGGUCGUCAAGAUAACGGGCUUCUACAUUGACCAAGGCGCCGGCGAGAUGAUCAUCGACGGGCGGAUCCAGGUGCGGUACUGCGCGGACGGCGUGGCCGAGUUUGGCAAGCAGGGCGUGCGGCUGGCGGACGGCACGCAGAUUAGCGCGGAUGUCGUGGUGCUGGCGACGGGCUUCAGGAAGAUGACGGAGACGAUGGAGGGGCUGUUGGGAGAGGAGCUGGCGAAGAGGGCGGAUGAUCCGUGUGUUGGUCUGGACGCCGAGACGGAGCGCGCUGGGCUCACGCGACCAACCGGCGUGCCCGGCCUGUGGUACAUGGCCGGCAGCUUCAUGAUGGGCCGGCAGCUGUCCAAGCUUCUGGCGCUGCAGAUUGCGGCCGUGGAGCGCGGCAUCAACCAGACGCAUUUCACUACGAGCGCUUCACCUUGA